AUGACACAAUAUUGUGAAUAUAUUCAUCUUUAUCUUGUAUUAGGAAAAUGGAGAUGUCCACUGAGAAGACGACAAAGUCAGAGCUUGAGACAGAUGGAAGAAAAUCCUAUUUAUGGAAACUUAAGCUACCUGCAAACAAGCAUAACUUAUUUAACAGAAGACAAUCCCCCUCACUCAUCACUCAGCUCUUCAAAUGGGAAGUAUCAGCGGAGAGUCAGAUCAGACUUACAGUCCAAAAACCACGACUGUUAUGCCAACCUGACCUUAAAGGGCCCCAGGCUGCAGGCUGGUCACAGCUGUCCACAGAUACAGUACUCAGAUGCAAUGCAGUUAGGGGAGCCACCGGAGUCAGAGAAGGAGGAUGACGGUAACACGGACGCCCUCUCCACAGUGUCUGAUCUGUAUGCUUCCGUGCAAACUCAGCGAACAAAAACCAUUGACUCUGCAGACAAUGAGGAAGGCUAUGCCAACCAUCUCUGAGACGUACACAGCUGCUGAUGCUGAGAUGACACAAAUCGCUGUUGUUUUUUUUCAGGCCUGAUCUGUCACCACAGGAUGUCAGUGUUUAUUAUUAUAUGAAAAAUGGAAACGCGUCUGUGCAGUUGUGAAGUAGAGAAGUGCUGCACUUCUCUGAUUCAUUGGCUCUCAAACUAGUUAACUAGCUAUCAAGAGGAGGGGACCCACAAUUUCAAACAAUUAUUAAUAAUAAACAGGAUCUGAGUGGAUUUUUACUUAAAUAAAGCUCAGAGUCAUAGCAUUCACAAACUCUUUUUGCAUUUGUUAAAUUAAAAAGAAAAGAAAAUUCAUGUUCUUUUAACUCCCCGACAGUUUGAGAAUUACUGCUCUGCCUGAAU